CUUGCCGGACGGACGCUAAAGCCCGACGCACAAAUCGGGAAUGGACCAUUCUUUUAACUCAUCCAAACUCGAGACAUUCGCCAGGAAAUUUACAGAAAAGUUCCAGAAGCAUCUUUUCAUUUAUAUUCUAUAAUACUGGCAAGCUCAAGACGUAAAAGAGCACUUUAGGACAAGUGAUUCUGCUUUCCCCUCUCAACUUUGAGACUGAACGACUUGGGCUCGCUUAUCGUCACUUCCGGUAAUCCAACUGUGAAUUUCGGAAACUGCACGCGCCGAGAGGCGAAGGUUCUUGCGGCGGUUGUGUUGCCAUGGGCCGGAGGAGAGCUCCGGCCGGUGGGUUGCUGGGACGGGCCCUUAUGCGCCAUCAGACUCAGCGGAGCCGAAGCCAUCGUCACACUGACUCCUGGUUGCACACAAGUGAACUCAAUGAUGGCUAUGAUUGGGGUCGUCUUAAUCUUCAGUCAGUGACUGAACAGAGCUCUCUUGAUGACUUCCUUGCUACUGCCGAACUUGCAGGAACAGAGUUUGUUGCUGAGAAACUCAAUAUUAAGUUUGUGACAGCUGAGGCUAGAACUGGACUGCUAUCUUUUGAGGAGAGCCAGAGAAUUAAGAAGCUCCACGAAGAAAACAAACAGUUCUUGUGUAUACCAAGAAGACCAAACUGGGACAAAAAAACUAGCCCAGAAGAACUCAAACAGGCAGAGAAAGAUAACUUUCUAGAAUGGAGACGUCAGCUUGUCUGGCUAGAAGAGGAACAAAAGCUGAUACUGACUCCAUUUGAACGAAAUUUGGACUUCUGGCGCCAGCUCUGGAGAGUCAUUGAGAGAAGUGAUAUUGUGGUCCAGAUAGUAGAUGCUCGAAACCCACUCCUGUUCAGAUGUGAGGAUUUGGAAUGUUAUGUGAAAGAAAUAGAUGCCAAUAAGGAGAACAUCAUUCUGAUCAACAAGGCAGACUUGCUGACUGCUGAGCAGCGGAGUGCCUGGGCCACACACUUUGAAAAAGAAGACGUGAAGGUUAUUUUCUGGUCAGCUUUGGCCGGAGGCAUUCACCUGAACGCUGACUCUGAGGAAGAGGUAAACAGAGAUGAUAGACAAAGCAAUACAACUGAGUUUGAAAACUCCAGUUUCGACGAGGCUGAAAUUUCACACAGUGAGACUGAACAUCUCCCAGCCAGGGACUCUCCUUCACGUAGUGAAAAUCCCACUACUGAUGAAGAUGACAGUGAGUAUGAGGACUGUCAGGAGGAAGAGGAAGAUGACUGGCAGACGUGUUCAGAAGAAGACAGUCCUGAUGAAGAGGACUGUGGCCAGGACUGGAAGGAAAGCUGUAUGUCAGAUUCUGAGGCUCCGGGCAGGAACACCCCGCAGAAGAGGCAGAUACACAACUUUAGCCAUCUGGUAUCAAAGCAGGAGUUACUAGAGCUUUUUAAGGAGCUACACACUGGGAAGAAGGUGAAAGAUGGACAACUUACAGUCGGACUGGUGGGCUACCCUAAUGUUGGUAAGAGUUCAACAAUCAACACCAUCAUGGGCAACAAGAAAGUAUCUGUGUCUGCCACACCUGGUCACACGAAGCACUUUCAGACACUCUACGUGGAGCCUGGCCUCUGCCUAUGUGACUGCCCAGGCUUGGUGAUGCCAUCUUUUGUGUCUACCAAGGCAGAAAUGACUUGCAGCGGAAUCCUCCCAAUUGAUCAGAUGAGAGAUCACGUUCCGCCUGUAUCAUUAGUUUGCCAGAAUAUUCCAAGACAUGUUUUAGAAGUUACCUAUGGGAUUAAUAUCAUAAAGCCUAGAGAGGAUGAAGAUCCCCACCGGCCUGCAACGUCAGAAGAACUGUUAACAGCUUAUGGAUAUAUGCGAGGAUUCAUGACAGCGCAUGGACAGCCAGACCAGCCUCGAUCUGCGCGCUAUAUCCUGAAGGACUAUGUCAGUGGUAAGCUGCUGUACUGCCAUCCUCCUCCUGGAAGAGAUCCUGUAACUUUUCAGCAUCAACACCAGCAACUCCUAGAGAGCAAAACGAAUGGAGAUGAAAUAAAAAUACAGCCAGGCAGAAAUAAAAAAGCAAAGCAGAUUGAAAAUAUAGUUGAUGAAACCUUUUUCCAUCAAGAGAAUGUGAGAGCUUUGACCAAAGGAGUCCAGGCUGUGAUGGGUUACAAGCCCGGGAGCAGGAUAGUGACUGCGGCUACUGCGAGCUCUGAGAAUGGGGCAGGGAAGCCCUGGAAGAAACAUGGCAACAGAAAUAAAAAAGAAAAAAGUCGUAGACUCUAUAAGCACCUGGACAUGUGAAGUUGGGCUAUAAUGGAAGGUCAUCUGCACUGUGCAGAUGGGAAAGAGCAGAGGCCGCUGGUUGCCUAUGGAACGGUUCCAAGACACUGGCACUGUAGAAGGGGCCUGCUCUUGUGGAACACAGCUGCACCCCACAGUCUUCAUGUCAAGACUGAGGGCCUCCUGGAAACACCAGCUCUCACUAGAAGGAGUUAUUGGGGAGCCCCAGAAACCUACUCCAGCUGCACCCAGCAGUCUUCAUAUCAAGACUGAGGGCCUCCUGGAAACACCAACUCUCACUAAAAGGAGUUAUUGGGGAGCCCCAGAAACCUCCUGGUAGGCACAGUGGUUCACGCGCCAACAUGGUGAAACUCCAGCGAACCUCCAUCUCUACUAAAAAUACAAGAAAAUUAGCGGGGUGUGGUGGCGUGCACCUGUAAUCCCAGCUACUCGGGAGGCUGAGGCAGGAGAAUCACUUGAACCUGGGAGGCAGAGGUUGCAAUGAGCAGAUAUUGUACCAUUGCACUCCAGCCUGGGUUACAGAGUGAGAAUCCAUCACAAGAAAAAAAAAUGGCAAGGGAUAGUUCAUGAGACACAUUUGGGACAAAGGUGAAACAGAAAUUCCCCAUUCCGAAUGCCGUCAUUGGGUUCCUCAGAUUCUAAACAAGGGACUUGCAUUCAAUUAGUGGGUAGUGGGGGCUCACUUCCACUGAGGAACGUGUAGAAUAUAUCCACUGGGUGACAGGGAAGCUGCAGCAUUUACUAACUAGCCGUCUUCACUGGUUAUUCCACUUAUUUAAAAUAUGUCCAGAAUAAGCAAAUCUCUAUAUAGAGGAAGUAGAUUAGCGGUUGCUUAGGUAUAGGAGGGAAUGGGAAGAUUGAGGCCUGUCUUUUGCAGGAUAAAAAUGUCCUAAAAUUGAUUGUAGCGAUGGUCAUACAACUCUGAAUAUGCUUAAGACCAUUCGUUGGUGAAUUACAUGGUAUGUAAAUUAUAGUUCAAUAACAUAGUUACAAAAUACAAUCAGAAGCAUGAAAGCACUACUGAUAAUGGUUUACAUCUGUGUCCUCUCCAAAUCUCAUGUCGAAAUGUAAGCCCCCAUGUUGGAUGUGGAGCCUGGUGGGGGUGAUUGGAUUACGGGGGAGAGUCCUCAUGAAUGGUUUGGCUCCAUACCCUCCGUGCUGUUCUUGUGAUAGUGAGGUCUCAUCACAUCUGGUUGCUUCAAAGUGUGUGGCGCUUCCCCUCUUGUCUCCCUCCUGCUCCAGCCAUAGAAGAUGUGCCUGCUUCUCCUUAGCCUCUGCCAUGAUUGUAAGUUUCCUGAGGCCUCCCUAGAAGCAAAAACUGCUGUGCUUCCUGUACAGUCUGCAGGACUGUGAGCCGAUUUAACCUCUUUUCUUUAUAAAUUCUGUCUCAGGUAUUAUUUAUGUUUCUUUUUUUGUGAGUCAGAGUCUUACUCUGUUGCCCAGGCUGGAGUGCAGUGGCACAAUCUUGGCUCACUGCGACCUCCCUCUCCCGGAUUCAAGCAACACGUCCUUCCCAGAAGAGAAAGCUGUUGAACUCCUGGCCUGUCUCCCCACACCAUUGGCUGCCCUUGCCCAGGCUGCUGUCCUUCAGAAGGACGGUGCCUGAGGUCCUGCCGCCCCUGCCAACAGGAAAUGCCUCUGAGCAGUCACAUCACUGCCCACCGUCCAGAAGGACAAGUGCUCCGGUCCGCUUGUUAGUUUUUCUUUUCGGCUAGCUCUGAACCGUAGCCAAAAAUGUAAUCUUUAGCUCCUGGGCAGCCCUCUGAGGAGCCUGGUUAAGGAACUGAUUCAUUUCCUGAGGGCUGACCACGUGCAGAACCCUGUGGAAAGUACAGGGAGAGCCUGGGUGGGGUUCUAAUGGCCUCUGCAGAGCUGCUGCCAUGGCCUUGUUGCCAAAAUCAAACAUAAAAAGGCCCAGUUCAUGCGUUAUUUCUUGAAAACCUUCCCUCACACCCCCGCUCACAAUGCUGGGUGUCACCAAUGUACUUUAAACAUGUCCCUGCUGUAGUACAUGUCACAUUUUUAUGGCCUGUUUAAAAAUCAGGGUAUUUGGCCAGGAAGAGUGGCUCUUGCUUAUAAUCCCAGCACUGGGAGCCUGAGGCGGGUGGAUCAUUUGAGAUCAGGAGUUCAAGACUGGCCUUGCUAACAUGGUGAAACCCCACCUCUACUAAAAAUACAAAAAUUAGCUGGGUGUGGUAGUGUGCUCCUAUAAUCCCAGGAAGUGGAGGUCGCAGUGAGCCAAGAUCGCGCCAUUGCACUCCAGCCUGGGUAACAGAGCUAGACAGUGUCAAAAAUAAAAGGCCAGGCACGGUGGCUCACACCUGUAAUCCCAGCACUUUGGGAGGCCAACGUGGGUGGAUCAUAAGGUCAGAAGAUUGAGACUAUCCUGGCCAAUAUGGUGAAACCCCAUCUCAAUUAAAAACACAAACAUGAGCUAGGCGUGGUGGUGCAUGCCUGUAAUCCCAGCUACUUGGGAGGCUGAGGCAGGAGAAUCACUUGAACUCAGGAGAUAGAGGCUGCAGUGAGCCGAGAUCAUGCCACUGCACUCCAGCCUGGCAACAGAGCAAGACUCCAUCUCAAAAAAAAAAAAAAAAAUCAGUGCAUUCAUUCAGCAAAUAUUUCCUUAUUAUGUGUCAGGCACUGAGCUAGGGGCUGAAGAUGCAAGUAUAAAUUAAACAACCCUGGCUGCAUGCAGCUCACAGCCUGGUAGAAAAACAACACUCCUCACCCUUUCAGAGCUGUCAAUAGAGCAGGGCAGGCACAAGGGCUUGGGCCCCCACAGGACCAGGACACCGAGUCAGCUGAAGUAAGGAUGGUUGUGGUGGAGGAGCUUGGUGAGGGAGAACUGGGAGUUUGGUUUUAGACAUGUGCAAUUAGACAUGCAGGUGGAGAUGUCAGGUAGGCAGUUGUAUAUGUGAGUCUAAAGUAUGAGAAGGAGGUGACUUGGAGCUAUGCAUUCAGGAGGUGCAGGUGCAGGGACGGAAGUUAAAGCCAGACACCCGAUGAGAUCCCCAGCAGAGGAUAGGUAGGGAUGAGAACCAAGAAUUGGGCCGGGUGCGGUGGCUCACGCCUGUUAUCCCAGCACUUUGGGAGGCCAAGGCGGGCAAAUCAACUGAGGUCAGGAGUUCGAGACCAACCUGACCGACAUGGAGAAACCCUAUGUCUACUAAAAAUACAAAAAUUGGCCAGGCGUGGCGGUGCAUGCCUGUAAUCCCAGCUACUCAGGAGGCUGAGGCAGGAGAAUCACCUGAACCCAGGAGUCAGAGGUUGCAGCAAGUCGAGAUGGUGCCAUUGCACUCCAGUCUGGGCAACAAGAGCAAGACUCCAUCUCAAAAAAAAAACAAAAACAGAACUGAGCCAUUAUGUCUCCCCAUGAUUAGCUGACCUCCUUCCUUUUAUAGAAAGAAACACACAGUGCAAGGAAGCUCAGUGCUUUGCCCCAAGUCCCAGUACAACUGCUGCACCGUGGAGGGAAAAUUCCAGUGUAAGAUCAGCAGGCUCCAGAGCUCACACUCUUCCCAUUGCUUCUUUCUUUUUAUUAUUUUUUUGAGAUGGAGUCUCUGUUGCCCAGGCUAGAGUGCAAUGGCAUGAUCUCAGCUCACUGUAAACUACACCUCCCAGGCUCAAGCGAUUCUCCUCCCUCAGCCUCCCAAGUUGCUGGGAUUACAGGUGUACGCUACCACACCCAGCUAUUUUUUGUUUUUUUAGUAGAGACAGGGUUUCACCAUGUUGGCCAGGCGAUCUCAAACUCCUGAUCUCAAACUGUGAAGGAAUCAACCAAAGUUGUGCCAAUUUAUUACAGCAACUACUGGAGACGAAUCUAUGCUGAAUCCAAGGACAUGUGCCCAGGGAGCUGGACUUAUGUUAUAUGUAAAUUUUCGGUGCCACAAAGAAAAGUCAGCACUGGGACAAAGGAUCUCUCAGCAAGGCAAUCUUUACUUCCUGCAGAAAGGGUACUUUCACCAGCAGUCUAGAUUGUGUUCAGUUUUAGAUUGUGAGGUCUGGCUCCAACCAACGGAGAUCAGACACAGCACUAGGAUGAUCCCAAAUACGUAAAAGAUAAAUAUGUCUGCUUUCCCUUUGUUCAUUGUACUCUCACUGCAAGAUGGCUAACAGGAGCACCCUUUCUGCAGGAAGUCAAUUGUCUUGCAGUGAGUUGUGAUACCAGCAAUCUAUGGACCACACUGCCCCAACUCCUCAGCCAGGGGACUUGAAGCAAAGGACUCAAACCCUUGAACUAGGGGUUUUUAGACUGGGAUCCUGGGGAAUCCACUGGGGAAUCCAUAGUUGAAUUUCAGGGUGCGGAGGGUGGUUCAUAAAUUUUUAAAAACUGUAUGAGAAACUGUGUGUGGUGUGCACACACAUUCCUAUUUUUCAAAGACGAGAUUUUUUUCUUUUUCAGAUUCUCAAAGAGGUCACAAAAAAGGGUUAAGAACUAACCACUAACCAUUAACCACUAAUUUAAGAACAAAGUGCUGAGGUGUGUAAAUCCAGCCCAGAGUGAGUGGGGAGGAAUAAAGCACCUUUUAAAUCAG